AUGGAAACACAGGUACAAACAGAAAUGGCACAAGGAGAGAUCAAAGAGGAGCAACCUAAAGACCCGGUGCUGGAGAGCAGUGAGAGAGAACUCCUUAAAGAGCUCUAUGGGUUUAUGAAGAAGAGAGAUACACCCAUCGAGAGGAUCCCAAACCUGGGCUUCAAACAAAUUAAUCUCUAUGUGAUGUACAACACAGUGGAAGAAAUGGGUGGCUAUCAUCAGGUGACUGCACAGCAGAUGUGGAAACAAGUCUACAACACUCUGGGAGGAAACCCUCGCAGCACCAGCGCAGCCACCUGCACUCGCAGACACUAUGAGAAGCUGCUGCUGCCAUUCGAGUGCCACAAGAAAGGCAUAUCAGUAAGCAUGUUGCCUCAUCAUCAGCCAAAGCUUUUCCCGUUUGCUGCCAGCUUCGAUAAAGAAGACGUUGAUGGCCAGAGGCCGGCUAAACGGAGACUGUUAACGAUGCCUCUGCAGCAGAAUCCCCAUGAGUCAGAUCCACACGGGAGGGUCUUCUCUAUGCCGCUCCACUACCCUCCAUACUAUCAACAAACUCACACAGUUCCAGCCCCACAUGUCUCCAUCACCUCCCCAGUUCUAACACCAGUGAACCCCCCCGCCCCCCAGCCGUGGUUCACUUUCCAAACAUCUUGUCUGAACCCAACAGAAAGAGUCAAAGAACCCCUGGAGCACCUGCGUUCCCUCGCAGAACAGUACAAGACCUCAUCCGGACUGGCCGAGCCUCUGAACCUCAGCGUCAAAGCACCGCGACAAGAAACACACUGCAAGCCCGUCUCGUCGUUCGCCCCACCUUCCUCAAGCAAGAACCCAAAGUUCCUGAAUAAACCCUCCACCCUGUACGUUCCUCAAAGCUCACAAGUCAGAAAUGAAGGAAGUGAGACAUCAGAGAGCGACGCUGGUUCAGAAGAGCGACCGUAUUCACAUCCUUUGAAAGACAGAGAGGCGUAUGUCGUUGAUGUCAAAGCCGUAAGAACCUCAACCAGCCCGAGAUAUGUUCCAACACCCCCAACCUGUGAAGACGUUGUUAGUUUGGUGCAGAAAUCCAGCUCACCAAAAGCAGACUUCACAAUCCCGCCAAAGGAAGAGGGAGAGAGGUAUCCAGAUCCAAAGGGCUUCAAUCUCAGUCAAAUACUGCCCACCCUCGCCAGAGAGAAUGGAGGCAAGAUGGAAAUCGAGAUACCACUCUCUUUGUUACAUAACUGGCUUAAGUUGUGUGGGUCACCAGCAGCACUGCAGGGACUAAAGCAGCUCACCCCUCGCCCUCCAGUGGUGGAACAGAGUAGUUGCUCCGACGCAGACGUCCUCCCCACAAACCUGUCAUUUCACAUGAAUCCACAGCAACAGAGUCCAGUCGCUGAGGAUUUAAGGCUGAGGAAGAGGCACUUACCAAUCCCUACAGCACCAACCGUUCAAAGAACCAGUCCUUCCCAUAAUACAAGCCAAAACCCCUUCAUCAGCCACAAGCUUUCGCCUUCAGCCGGCAUUCUGAAAAGCGCAGCAAGUCGGGACGUCUAUUCGUUUGAUCAGCCAGACUACAAGUGUUACCCCUCCAAAUCCCCGAGUUACUGGGACACCUAUGACAAAGACACCCGCGUGAAAAUAGACUCACACAGUCCCCUCGCAGUUCCGCAAGACACUGCAGGCUCUAAAUCCUACGAUGAUGAUGUAAUCCUGGUAGGGAAGAAGAUGCCAGCGAUGGCUCCCUCAAAUGUGCACAUGCUCGGGUCCGGCUCCUCUCCUCUUCUGCAACUCACCGUUGAAGAGGUGAUGAAGCUGAAGCAAAUCAUCUCUAGUUUAUAGUGAAGAUCAGUUCUGGUGGUAAUAAUGAAGUUCUGCAACCCCUUUGGUCAAUCUUGGAACCAAUCAGCUUUUGUUUUGAGGGUAAAGGAAGAAGUUUUUCAAAUAAGAGAUAAAGUCCAACAGGACCAAGACUCUCUUUUCCGUCCAUUGGUCUUUGGUUUUUUUUGAAAUACUUCCUGCAAACAAAAAUGGAGUUGGAGUGGAGAGACAAAAUCUAGGAUCUGAUUUUAAUCUGCACUUAGAUGCAGUUUACCGCUCAUAUUAGCAUGCUAGCUGGUUCCAACAUUGCCAAUGUGGUUCGCCUCUUUAGCGCCCCACAUGGACGGUUUUCUGCAGAAAACCAAAGCUUGGACUUCAAGUGGAAACCAGAACUCUUCUGAAUCCCAAAAAGUUCUCCAUAUAACACAGUUCUCUGAAGGUCUCUGCUUUUUUUUGGAUAAAAUGCUAUCACUUCCUGGAUUAUGUUCAUUCCAGUCUGGGAUUAGGUUCAAAGAACAAAUCUUUGUGGGACCAGGAUAUGGAAUAAGCUCAUAUAAAACAUCCGUCAGCUGUCAGUAUAUUUCCUCAAAAUGUAUGUACCUCCAGCUCCAUAUUUAAUUUCUUUUUCAUGUCAUGUAUUUUAUUGAAUCUCUAUUUGUUGCAUAUGUAAAUAUACUUGUAUAAAAUGUU